UAGCACAUUCGCACGUGCAACGUAAGGCUUUUUCAAUUGUAUUUGGCUCAUAUUCUGUAUAAAUAACACUUAUAGGUUUUCCGAUUAAUGUGUCGCAAUCUGACUUUGAACUUAACUCUUAAACACAUACUAUAAAUGGGUCUAAGAGACCCUAUAUAAAGUGUCGAACGCUUGCUGUGUGAAGACGGAAUGAGAUAGAAGGUUCGGACCAGGACGUAAAAAAAUUUGAAAUCUCCUCUUUCGAUUGAUAUACUUUUUUGGUCAACUAGAAUUCGGACGGUACGGCACGGCAGCAACGUUUUGUUAGGGUCUGUGGGAUUACCAUUGUGUAAUAUCGACGGUCUAAUUAAAAUCCGUAUUAGAAAAGUUUAUCUUGGAGAUCUUGAACAUUUGACUUUUUUAAAAUGUUAACUUCGACUGUAUAUUAUCAUGUUUUGCUACUUUUCAUGGCAAGGAUAAUUCCUAGUCAAUUGGAUUGCUCUUGUAACCUACCGGAAUCGGACUUUGCAACUGACGUCAACCUGCUUUAUUACAAAUGUAAUAAUGAAACCCCUUCAACGAUCGCCUAUCCUAUUACAACACCAGAAAAUUUGGUAAAAGUACUAGAACCUUCUAAACGAACAAUUUUUUACGUUUUUGGAUAUUUGCAAUUUCCGGAAAACGAUAAUGUCCAGUUAAUGAUGAAAGCGCUCUGUUAUGGAAGAACGGAUAACGUUGUGUUACUUGAUUGGAGCAGACAUUCCAAAGGCAGUUAUACAUCCGUUUUUCAAAACGCUGAAAAAAUAGGAAGAUUAUUUGCUAAAAGUAUAGAAAACCUCGUAAACUCCGGUCUCGAUGUAACUAAAAUUUAUAUCGUUGCACAUUCGUUGGGCGCGCACAUAGCUGGUUUUGCCGGUAAAUGCAACAAGAAUUUCAAAAUACCCCGCAUUACAGGAUUAGAUCCUGCAAAUGAUAUGCUUUAUCUUACCGGAUGUUACCUUACGAGUAAAGAUGCAUUAUGGGUUGAUGUUAUUCAUACGGACAAGUGGGGAUAUGGCACUGGUUCGCAUAUGGGAACAGCAGAAUUUAACGCAAAUGAUGGCCAUCGUCCUCAACCCGGUUGUUCAUUAAUAGGAAUACCAUUAAGCAAAGAUGAUCUCUGCAGUCAUCAAAGAUCAGUUGAGUUAUACGCAGAAUUAAAGAAAUCUCCUGAUGAAUUUAUUGCAAAUCGAUCUUCUAAUGAUCUUAAUUAUAAUAAUCUGGAUGUAAAUCAGACAAGUAGAAUUGGAUAUGCAGCAUCAAAUGUAACCGGAGUCUUUGAUUUUAAGACAGAACCUCUUUAGUAUAAAAAGGGGAAGAGAGAAAGAAAAAACUGGCAAUUUUAUAUUUAUUUCUACAUAUCCAUACAAGGAUAAGAAUACGGUUAUUAUAAUAAACAAUACGGCAUGAAUAUUUAUAUAUCAAAUAUUUCAAAUUUAGCAGUUGAGAGUGUGAGCUAGUACACACUGACUGAAAUGUCAAAUACAAAAAUCAAAACCUAUUUACAACAAUUUUCGUCAUUUUUAAUAUUGGAAUUUUAAUUGCAGAUUCAUUAUCAAAUUCAACAACUUCGAAACCUAUAUGUAGUAAUUUUUGCAACUAUAACCAA